AUCUUGCUGUCUCUCCAGGCAGCAGCAGCGGCGGCGCUUUGCUCUUCCCUCCUCUCAGACGGAGGAGUGCUGAGCAGAGCAGCCCAGGACUGAAACAGUCCACUCCGCCGCGCUCAGCUCUGGGGUCGGCCUCGCUUCGAGUCGCGCCUUAUACCGGUAUUAAUUACUUUUAAUUGGAGAAGCUGCGUCAUAAUUUCAAAGAGCCGCCAACAACACAGGACUUCUGUUCGACCUCCCCAAGAAGAAACCAUUGGUCUUCCCGAGUGCUGCCGUCAUACCGGCUCUUCUAAAGCUCCACCCAAACUGAUCGUGCUCCGGUCAACAUGUCGUCGUCCUAUGCGGCUGCCAUAUCGGCCCUUCUCGCAUCCAACCAACCAAUCCAUCAGCCUUUCUCAGAAACAAAACAUAAGAGCAGCAGCAGAAAGAGUCCCACACCCAGCAAGAGGCCUCCAUCUUUACAGAACCACGCCGCUUCACCGGAGCCUCUGGGAUCUUAUGAAGAGCAACAGGAAAAUCCUUCAGACUAUGGCAUCGGUGGUUAUUACCGGGUAGAGAUUGGAGAAAUAUUUGUUGACCGCUAUCAAGUCCUUAAAAAGUUGGGAUGGGGUCACUUCUCCACCGUGUGGCUCUGCUGGGACAUGGUAAUGAAGCGCUUUGUGGCUCUGAAGGUGGUGAAGAGCGCUGAAAUGUUCACCGAGACGGCACUGGACGAGAUCAAACUGCUUAAAUGUGUCAGGGACAGUGACCCCAAGGAUCCUAAGCGUGAGAAAAUCGUGCAGCUCAUUGACGACUUUAGAAUCUCGGCUCCGACCGGAGAGCACGUGUGCAUGGUUCUGGAGGUUCUCGGCCACGAGCUUCUCAAGUGGAUCGUCAAAUCCAACUACACAGGCCUCCCCCUGCCUUGUGUUAAAAGCAUCCUCAAACAGGUCUUGCAGGGUUUAGAUUACUUGCACACUAAAUGCAAAGUCAUCCACACAGACAUCAAGCCGGAAAACAUCCUCCUGAGAGUGGACGAGAUUUAUCUGAGGAAGCUUGCAGCCAACACAAAGCUGUGGCAGUUACCUGUUCCUCCUCCUCCUCUCAGCAGCAGCAGCUCAGUGAACAGAGACUCGAGAGAAAAGCAGAGCGUGUUCAACUUGUUUGGGAAGCUGACGGGGGUUCUGCACACCCUUGGCGAAUGGUCCAGCAAGGUUUCCAGGAGUCCGCUGAAGCAGCAGCUAUCGGCGAAGGACAAAAGCCGUCGGGGACAGAAGAGUUCGUCUGACCUGAAGUCAGACAAGCCUCAUGUGACGUUUUCUGAAGCUGCCGCUUCAAGCACGCAUCACUUCACUAGUACCUCAAAGCUCAGAGGCCAUAACCUUAAGUUAAGGAGGCAGACUUUGCUGUUUGAGGAUGGACUGGACAGUGCUCCGCGCAGCCACAGGCACUCCAUGGGCUCAUGCCCAAACUUUAGCGUGGACGCUCCGGCCUCCAGCUCCAGAUCCGCGCUGACCCCCCAGACGUCGCACACCGAGCCCGUUGCACCUCCGGCUUCCUCAGCUAGAGGAAUCGGUGACACAGACGCUCCUCUGGACGUACUGAAGCCUCACAAUGCCGACAAAAUUGUCGUCAAGAUUGCAGAUCUGGGCAAUGCCUGCUGGGUGCACAAGCACUUCAGUGAAGACAUCCAGACCUGUCAGUACCGCUCCAUCGAGGUUCUGAUUGGUGCGGACUACGACACGCCAGCUGACAUCUGGAGCGCCGCCUGCAUGGCCUUUGAGCUGGCCACGGGAGACUACCUCUUUGACCCCCAGCCAGGAGCCGCGUUCUGCCGGGAGGAAGAUCAUAUUGCUCAUAUCAUCGAGCUGCUCGGACCUCUUUCGUCCCAGUUUGCCCUUUCUGGGAGAAAAUCCAAACAAUACUUCAACAGGAAAGGGCAGCUGCGGCACAUCUCCAAACUGAAACCGUGGAGCUUGUUGGAGAUCCUGCUGGAUAAGUACGAGUGGCCACGAGAGGAAGCGCUCCAGUUCAGCUCGUUUCUCCUCACCAUGUUGGAACUGCAGCCACAGAAAAGAGCCACAGCUGCUCAGUGCUUGAAACACCCCUGGGUUACCUCCUAGAGACACACAGCAGGAAACCAGGGCCACUGUACAAGGGGGGGAAAGAAGGAGUCCGUUUCUGAAAAAAGCUCAGAAAUUUUCAAAUUAAUCUCUAGAGGUUCAUCUAAUCUCUUAAUCUAGAUUUUCUAGAACAUCUAGACAUUUCUGAGCUUGGAAAAUCUAAUGUUUACUGGGAAAGAAAACAAAUCGGAAAUCCUGAGCUAAAUAGUUUAUAUAAGCACUUGCAUUUCUGAGUUUCAAAAGUCAAACAUUUGCUAGAAAAAAAACAAACAAUUUUGAGGUCAAUCUCAGAAAAAAGAUUAAUUUCCGAGUUUCAAAAGUCACAUUUUAUCAUUUUUCCUUGAAAAUUUCUGAGAUUAUUCUCAAAAUUUGGUAUUCAUAAUCUUUAUUUUUUUUCUUACUUUUGGACCACAAAAACUCCCUUUCUUCUUUUUUUUUUGUUUGUUUUAAAACAUUUCUGAGAUUAUUCUCAAAAUUUCAGCUUUUUUGUUGUUGUUGUUUUGGUGGAAAUGGCCUUCUUUUAAUUUCUAUGUACAACGGCCCAGAUACGCUCUUGUACACAGGAGACGCUGUCCGGCCAAAGGGACUCCGCCUGCUGCAGUUGUUUGGUGCUGGCAUCAGUAAAACUUAAUUUUUCUUACAUUGAUUGUUUGUUACUUUGACACUUUUCAUGCCACAGAGAUCAGAGUCUCAAUGUUGCGUCCAUGUCGCGUUUCUCCUUCCUAGAAAAAUCUUCCGUUCUUCCUGGUGUCUCACAUUUUAACGUGACUAUGAAAAACAGAGAAUUCUGGGAACUAGUGUUUAUAAAAUCUUAGACUUUUUUUUCUCUGUCUCUCUCUCUCUCUCUCUUUUUUUUUUUUUACAAUAAAAACGUGCAAGAACAACUCUG